AUGGAUCACAAGCAGGAAGAAGGGCUCCUCAGCCCCAAGGAGCAUUUCCGGCGCUCCUACGACAGCCGUGACUCGUCCGACCUCGACUCCGAUAUCGACGCGACCGAGUAUCUACAGUCCGACCCCCUGACGGCCCCCAAGGGCUCCUAUAAUCCCGCAUACCAAACACAACCGCGCAAUCGGUGGCUGCGCCAGCCGUGCUGCUGUUGCGCCGGUCGGUCGCGGAAGUGCGUCUGGACAUGCCUAGGUAUACUGGCGCUGGUCUUCAUCGCCCUCGGUGGAGGUGGUUUCUUCGCGUACAAGAAGUUCGCCGCGCCCAAGGAUGGCCUGUCUCCUCCGUGGUAUCCCACGCCGAAGGGCGGCACGGCGCGCAACUGGGCCGAUAGCUACCGGAAAGCAAGCGAGAUGGUCUCGAAGAUGACCCUGCCCGAGAAGGUUAACGUCACGACUGGCACUGGGUGGGAAAUGGGUCCCGCUGUAGGCAACACUGGUCCGGCUGUGAAUGUCGGGUUCCCAUCGCUGGCACUCCAGGACGGCCCGCUGGGCAUUCGGUUUACCGACAACGCCACGGCAUUCCCAGCAGGAAUCACCGUGGGCGCGACCUGGAACAAGGAUCUGAUGUACCAGUGGGGGAAUGCGCACGCCAUCGAAGCUCGCAAGAAGGGAAUCAAUGUCAUCCUGGGGCCCUGCAUUGGACCAUUGGGCCGAAUGCCCGCAGGCGGCAGAAAUUGGGAAGGUUUUGGCGCAGAUCCGUACUUGCAGGGAAUUGCUGCUGCCGAGUCGAUCAAGGGAAUCCAAGACGAAGGCAUCAUGGCGACCAUCAAGCACCUGGUCGCCAACGAGCAGGAGCAUUUCCGCCAGUCCUGGGAAUGGGGCCUCCCGAAUGCCAUCUCGAGCAACAUCGACGACCGCACAAUGCAUGAGCUAUACAUGUGGCCCUUUGGCGAUUCGGUCAAAGCCGGCGUGGCGAGCGUCAUGUGCAGUUACAACCAGAUCAACAACUCGUAUGCUUGCGGCAAUUCAAAGAUCCUCAAUGGAAUCCUGAAAGAUGAGAUGGGCUUCCAAGGAUUUGUCAUGAGCGAUUGGCUGGCACAGCGCGGUGGCGUGUCUAGUGCUUUGGCCGGUCUGGAUAUGACCAUGCCGGGAGAUGGCCUCUUCUGGGCAGACGGCAAGUCGCUAUGGGGCCCGGAGCUGACCAAGUCGGUUAUGAAUGGUUCUGUUCCCCUUGAAAGACUGAAUGACAUGGUCACGCGUAUCGUCGCAGCGUGGUAUCAGUUUGGCCAGGAUGAUACUGAGAGAUUCGACCCGGAUGGCCCCAAUUUCUCGUCGUGGACGAACGAUGAAUAUGGCGUUUUCGCACCAGGCAGUCCCUCGGAGCAGGAGAAAGUCAUCGUCAACGAAUACGAGAAUGUGAUGGGCAACCACUCCGCCAUUGCCCGCCAGAUCGCUGCCGAGGGUACCGUGCUCUUGAAGAACGAGCAGAUCCUCCCCAUCGACCGCCACGGCAACACAGACAUGAAAUUGCGCAAGAAGCAUGAAGGAGUAGUGCGAAUCGGUAUUUUCGGCGAGGACGCUGGCCCUGGUCCCAACGGGCCGAAUGGUUGCAAAGAUCGGGCUUGCAACGAAGGCACGCUUGCUUCCGGCUGGGGCUCCGGUGCGGUGGAGUUCCCGUACCUCGUCACUCCGAUUGACGCGCUUGGCAGUGGCUGGGAUAAGGACAAAGUCAAUGUGUCUUCAUGGUUGACGAACUCGCCCCCAUUUUCAGAGCAGCCAGAAAUUCUCGGCAACCAGGAUAUCUGUAUUGUCUUUGCCAAUGCAGACUCUGGAGAAGGUUUCGUAAGCUGGGAAUCCGUGAAGGGGGACCGCCCAGACCUUUUCUUGCAGAAGGGAGGCGAUGACUUGAUCGUCUCGGUCGCCAAUGGCUGUGGCGGCGGUUCUGGUGAAACGAUUGUCAUCAUCCACACAGUUGGUCCAGUUAUCAUGGAACGAUGGAUCGAUCUCCCUGGUGUCAAGGCUGUUCUCCUGGCCAACCUGCCAGGACAAGAAAGUGGAAAUGCCUUGGCAGAUGUGCUCUUCGGCGCCGUCAACCCCAGUGGACAUCUCCCGUGGACCAUUGGCAAGAACCUGGAUGAUUAUGGUGAUGGUGCGAAGAUCAUGUACCUCCCCAACAACGUUGUUCCCCAGCAGAACUUCGCUGAAGGGCUCUACGUUGACUAUCGCUACUUUGACAAGUACGAUAUCAAGCCACGAUUCGAGUUUGGCUUCGGCCUCUCUUACACAACCUUCAACUUCACCAUUCCCAGAAUCAAGGAACAAAAGCCCAAGAGCGCUUAUCCUGCUGCCCGGCCGCGAGACUUUGCCAUGCCGCCAGAGUACGACCCGAGCAUUCCCGACGAGGACGAGGUACUAUUUCCCCCGAACUUCAGAAAGCUUGAGAAGUUCGUCUACCCGUACUUGGACACCGUCGACGAGAUCAUCAUGGACCCUUAUCCUUACCCCGAGGGCUACGAUGUCAAGCAGCCUCUGUCCCCUGCUGGCGGCGACGAGGGCGGAAACCCGGACCUGUGGGAGACGUAUGUAACGGUCAGCACCAACGUCACAAACACGGGCGCUCGAGACGGCAACGUCGUGACUCAGCUCUACCUCGCAUACCCGCCGAACGCGAGCAAGACUGAGGGUGUUGACUUCCCCGUCAAGGUGCUGAGGGGAUUCGAGAAGACGUUCCUGAAGCAGAACGAGAUGGCGACCAUCACGUUCAACGUCACGAGGCGGGACCUGAGCUACUGGGAUGUGAAGGCGCAAAACUGGAAGAUGGUCACGGACGGGACGUAUGGGUUUGUCGUUGGAGAAAGCUCACGGCUGCUGCAUGCGAUGGCUGAGUGGUAG